UAUUUGACAAUGCUUAAAUAGUUUCAGAUCUUCGGUGUCGUGUUAGUCUAGUUAACGUGCUCAGAGUGUGUGUGUGUGUAUUGGCUUUUGUUUCGGUCUCCAGUUCCACAAUACAAAAAUGAAUAUCCCAACAUACAGAGCUAGAAAAAUUCUAAACAGCUUAGAUAAUACAAGGAAAAAAGAGGAUAAAGAAGAUGAAUAUGAAUAUGAAAGUAGUCCCGCUCCAUCGAUUUCUGGUGAUAUGUCGUUCCUCGAUUUCGAUUCCGAUGACUCGAUGAAGGAUCCCACAUUUAAACCAGAAGUUAAAGAUAAGCAAACGACAUUUUUCGAUCUUCAAAAAACUGAGGAUGUAUUGACAAUAGAGAAAAAUAAUGAAAAAGAGUUAGAAAAAAAGGAAGUUAAAAAGAAAGAAGAACAAAAUAACGCUGCAGUGGAAGAAAUUAUGAGAUCGGAUAUCGUUUCCACUGAUGAACAGCUAAAUGAAAAGUCCCCUAAAAUUGUUAUCCUGAGUAACAUUGAUGUGUCCAAUUUCAAUCAAAUAUCGGAGACUCAAACUAAAACAACAACGAAAAAAAAGAGAACAAAGUGUAAGUUUUGUCAGACAGAUGUAACAAAUUUUGAGAGGCAUCUUGAGCGGAACCACGAUGAUACUAAAGAGGUACAAGAUAUGAUGUCUUUUCCAAAAAGCCAUCCUGAAAGGAAAAAAAUUCUAAGUUUGUUGAGAAAUGCAGCAAAUUUUACAGAGUAUCUUAAAGGCAAUGUACAGCCUAAGUAUCAUUAUAAGACAGAAUCUAAAGAAUAUUACCCAUGUUCACGCUGCAAAGCAAUGCUGUCUAAAUCGUAUUUGUCACGUCAUAAAAAAAACUGCAUACUGAAACACACGAAUAAUAAUGAAAUUCGUAAGAUGAAUUCACUAGCAGCAUCACAAACAUUAAUAGCUAGUUCUUUUGAUGAUAAUAGUAACUUGCACAAACUGAGAGUAAAAGAGGAAGUCUUUGACCGAAUGAAACCUGAUUAUAUCUCCUUGGUUGCGAAAUCCGACUACCUAAUUUAUAACUUUGGAGAAAACUAUCUCAAAAAACACAGAAGAGAACAACUCGUUACAGUUUGUUCCAAUAAAAUGAGAGAAUUGGCACGGUUUCUGAUACAAUUCAGAAAAAUGACAAAUAACUCAAAAUUCAGGCUACAAGACGUUUUUAAACCAAAAUUGUUUGAUAUGACAGUCGAAUGCGCAAAACAUGUAGGGGGAUAUGAAAAAUAUUCUAAGACAUAUCGUGCACCUAGCCUACCUGCACAUCUGGGAACUUCAUUAAAACAAGUUUGUGAACUUUUCACAAGACUGGUCCUGAAAGAGGAUGAAGCUUUAAGAAUCUCUGAUAAAGAAGAGGCAUUAAGAGAUAUAAACAGAUUUCGAGAACUCAUAAAUACACAGUGGACCACGGAAAUCAGUAGCUUAGCAUUUAAAGACCUUAAUGAAAAACAAUGGGAGAAACCAGCAAUGUUACCUUUAACUCGGGACAUAACGAAAUUCAAAGACUACGUUACCAAUGUGGCAAAUAAAGCAAUGACCUGUCUAACACUCAAUCCAACUGAUAGGAAAGAAAUGAAAAAGUUGAUUCAGGCUUCUCUUAUUUUAACGAUAUUAUUUAACAGAAAAAGAAUAGGCGACGUUCAAUACACAAAAUUAAGUACAUACAUCAACUACUGGAAACCGGUUAACCAAGAGGAGUGUGAAAAAGCAUUGUCUCAGUCAGAAAAAAUACUAACAAAAUAUUAUAAACGCAUUGUGACAGGUGGAAAAGGUAGUAGACCCAUAGCUAUUCUAUUCCCUCAAACAUUACAAACCUAUAUAGAUUUCUUUGUUAAAAUCCGCCAAGAACAUCACUUAGUACCCGAAAAUAAUCCAUAUUUAUUUGGGUGUCCUGGAACUUCGAAGUGGACAAGAGGGGAUGUUAUUAUACGGAAAUUUGCCCAAGAAGCUGAUCUAGAAUUUCCCAAACAAAUAUCUUCUAACAGAUUACGGAAGCAAAUUGCAACGGUAAUGCAAAUUCUUAACCUUAGUAAGGAAGAGAGUGAACAAUUCGCCCACUUCAUGGGACAUACUGAAAAAACCCACAAUGAAUUUUAUAAGCUGCCACAAGAUGUGUACCAAACCGCAAAAAUUUCCAAACUCCUAAUGUUAAUGGAAAAGGGCGUUGACAAGUAUAAAGGAAAGUCGCUAAAUGAAAUUAAUAUUAAUCCAAUGAGUGAAUUUGCUGAAGAAGAAUCAGAUAAUGAAGAUAACGAUUUCCUAGAUGCAAAUGAAUCUGACUGUACGGCAUUUCAAGCAAUCCCGGAAGAAGAAAGUCGACCAGUAUCGAAGAAGAAAAUAUCAGGGAGGACAUUCUGGACUUCUGAACAGGCUCUUCUAGUGAAAAAACAUUUCAAGUCCCACAUUAGCACAAAAAAGGCCCCCAAAAAGAAUGAAUGCAUGCAGUUAAUAGGAAAGUAUCCCGAGAUAUUCCAUGACAAAGACUGGGUUCGCGUGAAAACUUUUGUCUAUAAUAUCUAUAGAAAUAAGUGAAGCUUUGUUCAGUCAGUAGUAUAUAUUUUUUUGAGCUUUGGUGAAAUUUGAAAAAUUCACAAAUGUGAAAUAAAUUUGGAAUUUGUAUUAGACAGUUGAAAAUUCGG